UUUGAUGACGCUCCGCUGUAAACAUCGCUGACGUUUCAGACGCGUGAGGGAAUCUAUUAAACUUGGAAUUUGACGCGCGGCACUGUAUUCUUCAGUCCAACCUGCGCCUGCAAACCAAGCAAAACCCUGAAUUACGCAGAGAUGGCAAGAAAAUCUGAAGUCCCGUCUGCAUAUUAUGGUGAACCUCGCAAGUUUGACCCAACAUUUAGAGGGCCAGUUCAUAAAAGAGGCUGCACGGAUGUGUUGUGCUGUGUGCUCUUCAUCAUUGUCAUCCUCGGCUACAUCGCAUUGGGCACUGUUGCAUGGAUGCAUGGGGACCCAAGGAAAGUCAUUUACCCCACGGACAGCACGGGUCAGUUCUGCGGGCAGAAGGGCACAUCCAAUGCAAAGAAAGCCAUAUUAUUCUACUUCAACAUACUGAAAUGUGCCAGUCCUGCUGUUAUGAUAAACCUCCAGUGCCCAACUACUCAGAUGUGUGUUGUCAAGUGCCCGGAUCGAUUUGCCACUUACACAGACAUGCAGCUCCUUUAUAGAUUCAACAAGAGCCACUGGGAUUACUAUAAGCAGUUCUGCAAACCAGGCUUCAAUAACCCCAAAAAGCCCGUGGCACAAGUGCUGCGAGAUGAGGACUGUCCAUCAGUGAUAGUGCCAAGUCGACCAUUUUUACAGCGCUGCUUCCCAGACUUCAUCACCAGAAAUGGCACACUAACAGUUGCUAACAAAACGGCUUUCAAAGAUGCACUGGAUACAGCCAGAAGUGUGACUGAACUUAGAGAUGCAGCCAAUGGUAUUACAGGAAUCCUUGAGGCCAAAGAAGUGGGAAUGAAGAUCAUAGAGGAUUAUGCCAGCUCUUGGUACUGGAUAGUGAUAGGGCUGUUCAUAGCACUGGUCAUCAGCCUGAUCUUCAUCCUGCUGCUGCGUUUCACUGCUGGCUUCCUCCUCUGGUUCAUCAUCAUCGCUGUUAUCCUGCUUGUGGCCUACGGUAUCUGGCACUGCUUCUGGGAGUUCACAGUUCUCAGGGAGACUCCCGGAGCAGAUGUCACUAUCUCUGACAUCGGCUUCCAGACUGACCUCCACGUUUACUUUCAUCUCAGCCAGACCUGGCUAGUCUUCAUGGUGACUUUGGGUUUGACGGAAGUCUCUAUAGUCUUAAUGCUUGUUUUCCUGAGAAAGCGGGUUCGUAUUGCUAUUGCUCUGCUCAAAGAGGGCAGCAAGGCAAUCAGUUACAUCAUGUCCUCUCUUUUCUACCCCAUCAUCACCUUUGUGCUGCUGGCCAUCUGUAUCUCCUACUGGGCCAUGACUGCAGUCUUUCUUGCAUCUUCUGGUGGUGCUGUUUACAAAGUCACAUCACCUCAUCCCAGCUGCAAGUACACCAAUCUGACCUGCAAUCCUGAGAAUUUCAACAGAACUAACAUCACAAAGCAGUGUCCGGGUGCUCAGUGUCUUUUUGCUUUUUACGGUGGUGAGAGCUUGUACCAUCGCUACAUCUUCAUCCUCCAGCUUUGUAAUCUGUUGGUCUUCCUCUGGCUGGUUAACUUCAGCAUCGCUCUGGGACAGUGCACCAUCGCUGGGGCUUUCGCCUCCUAUUACUGGGCCAAGAGGAAACCUGCAGACAUCCCCCCCUGCCCAGUGUUCUCCUCUUUUGCCAGGGCCAUAAGGUAUCACACAGGGUCUCUUGCUUUUGGCUCACUCAUUUUAGCUGUGGUUCAACUCAUCCGUGUCGUUCUGGAAUACUUGGACCACAAACUUAAAGGAGCUCACAAUGUGCUUGCACGUUUUCUGCUCUGCUGUCUGAAGUGCUGCUUCUGGUGUCUAGACCGAUUUAUACGCUUCAUAAACAGGAACGCUUACAUAAUGAUUGCCAUUUAUGGAAAUAACUUUUGCACAUCAGCGCGGGAAGCCUUCUGUUUAUUGAUGAGAAAUUUAGUAAGGGUGGCAGUAUUGGACAAAGUAACAGACUUCCUGCUCUUCCUGGGGAAACUAUUGAUAGCAGGGAGUGUUGGUGUUAUUGCCUUCCUCCUCUUUACACGCAAGAUACCCAUCAUCCAAGAGGAAGUUCCGGUGUUGAAUUACUACUGCGUGCCUCUCUUGACAGUAAUAUUCGGCUCCUACUUGAUUGCACACAACUUCUUCAGCGUCUAUGCAAUGUGUGUGGACACCUUGUUCCUUUGUUUCUGCGAAGACUUAGAGAGAAAUGAUGGGACACCAGCCAAGCCUUUCCUCAUGUCUCCUGGCCUAAAAAGAAUUCUGGGAAGAGCCGAACAGAGCCCCAGAAAGUCACGAGGAUAAUGCUCUCCAAACCUGACACAUGCAAACAUCUUUACUCAAUGUAAAUACUUAGCAUGCAUUAACUUACAUAUUGGCUGAAAUGGACUAUGGCUACAAAACGUUUAUAACGGAAGCUGAGAAUUAAGGGAAGCAGUGACGAGACUUUCCACCUCAAGAAAAGAGACCAAAGACUCUCUGCACUGUAACAGCCACUUAUCCAGGACACAGAGCUUUGGCCUUUCUGAUACAGACCCUACAAUGCAUACUAACACAUUUGCCUAUUAAUGCUGACUGCUGCCUUAUUCUGUGACUGUUGGAGCAGUAAAAUUAUUAAUCGGUCAAUGACUGACACGUUAAAAGAUGCCUGCGUUUGGACUCCUUGGAGAUUUGGCAUCAAUGACCAGUUAAAGAAACUUUUAGUGAUCAUGAACUUGAGAGUAGAGAACCUGGAAGAUAAUGGGAAAAGUUAUACAUGUUUGCUUUCCAAAACUCCUCUCAUAUAAUUUGGGCUGGUUUUACAGCCACUGAUAAAUCCUAAUCUGAGAAUAAAAUGGCAUUGACUCUUGAGCAUUGUAAAGAGAGGCCUUGGAACUGAAAAUAUCUGCAUCACAGUAUUAUGAAGGUACUAAUAUUGUCCUUCCCCUUCAAAACAAUUAGCAUAUUGCUAUAUAUAUAUAUAUAUAUAUAUAUAUAUAUAUAUAUAUAUAUAUAUAUAUAUAUAUAUAUAUAUAUAUACACACACACACACAGAUCUGAUUCUGAUAUAUACUGUAUACAGUAUGUAGUAGUGUCAAAAGUCUUAGGCACAUAUUUUUCACAAAAACAUUUGUCUUCAGAUGGUUAUUUUAUAUAUUCUGCUUUUAGUGCAUCCUUAGGAAAUAUCCAGUUUAGAUUUCAACAUUCCCUUUGCAAAUAAAACUGAAUAGAAGAUGAACAAGGAGCCCUACAACAGAUGGCAUGGCCCCCACAGAGCCAAGAUCACAACAUUGAGUCAGUCUGGGAUUAUAUGAAGAGACAGAAGCAAUUGAGACAGCCUAAAUAGACAGAAGAACUGUGGCACGUUCUCCAAGAAGCUUGGAACAUCCUGUCUGCCAUAUACAUAUAUUGAGGCAUUUGUGUUUAACAUGAUAAAACCAUUUUUGCUCUUUGA